AUGCUACCAAAUUUCUUUUGCCACCUGUUUACUGGUGACGACAAGACCGGCGUCAUUCCUUUUGGCGAGCCAUUUCCAGCUAUAAUUGAGCAUUCAGGAUACAGUCAAUAUUUGUAUGGAGGCUCCUUCAUCCUUUGUCCUAUAAUGCCACAUCUUACCCUUCGAAAUACAACGAAGCCAUAUUUUUUAGCACUGUCACCAAUACGAGAGAAAUUUGACGGUCGACGAAUUCUACCUGUCCAGAAAAUACAACGACGGAGGACGAGCCGUGAAAAUGUGUUCAACUUUCAGUACCAUUUUGCCAUCUGCGUCCAACCCACGUAUCGUUACGACUCGGUCUUGGAGCUAAUGGAAUGGCUCGAAUUUCACAGAAUGAUGGGAGUCACGCAUGUCACGAUGUACAAUAUCUCGAUGGGGGCACAUCAAGUUCACGUCAACGGCCAAGUCGCACAAAGUAACGACUGUCUUUGGAGAUAUCGUGGUGUUGCGAAUUAUGUCUUGUUCCUCGACUUUGACGAAUAUCUCGUUCCAAAUUAUACUCAUGCUGUUAACUAUGCACAACUUGUGGAAAGAUUAAAAACAGUGCCAGUAGAUGAAAAACUGAACAGAUCCCUACCUGUCGCCCAAUUUCUUUUCCGCUCAGCCUUCUUUGGUAAAGAUUUGGCUAGGGAAUUUGGAACCAGGAGAAAGUUGGCGUUACCGUCUACGGAUAGUUCAGAAAAGUUAAGAUUGGAUGAUUUAAUUACUUUUACUAGGACUGAAAGACAAUCGUUUAUGUAUCCGGCUAAAGUACGAUCCAAGUUCAUGAGCAUCCCUAACCAAGUCAUUGAGCCAGGAGUACACUACUUGGAAAGGAGCGAGCCAAGAAGUCUUGGCGAAGUUCAAGUCUCACCAGAAGAGAUAGGAUUCGUUCACCACUACCGCGACUACCUCUGUGGGGUUAGAGAAUGUUCUACCUUGAAAAAGGUUACUGAUAACUCGGCUCACUUUUGGGUGGCUGGGGUUUUGGAAAGAACGGAGGAGUUAUGGAAGGAAGUCAGAAAAGAAUGUAAUCUGGGUCUAGAGAUGCUUCAAAGUUGAAGGGGCAUUUCUUUUUAAUAAACUGAUUUAAUUUCGCUUUAAA